UGCAUAUCAAGACCAUGAUAAUGGCUGCCUGGACGAAUUAUUCUUAACUUCUUACUAAAGGCUUGAGGAACCAUUCACGGUCAUGAACCAGUGGAAAAGUUCAAACCAAGCUGAUGUUUGCUUCAACUCUUUAAAGCUUCUAGUCGCGUCACUUAUUUUUUGAUCGUCGUCAUCAUCCACUAUCUUACGUUUCUGAGAGAGAGAGAGAGAGAGAGAGAGAGACAAUGAGAUGAAACUCUGGUCUCCUGUUCUGGCAUUUCCAAUUCUCCAAUAUUCUAUAGGUAAAGGCUCACCCUUUUUUCAAUUCAACUUUUUGAAUUUCUGUGACCCUUUCCAUGUCCCCAGCCAUCUCCUCAGCUCUCCAGCUAUUAUACUCUCUCUCUUUCUCUCUUACAUAUAUUAUAUUAACAUUAUCAUAAACUUUCUGAAAUUAUCAUCAAUUGGUAAUCAUAAAGGGGGAGCUAACUGAUACAUAUAUAGCUGAACCAAGGCUCAUCACAACAUAACCCACACAUCCGGAAAAAAAAAAAACCAGGUUAACGCAAAAGCCAUGGGCAGAGCUCCUUGCUGUGACAAAGCCAACGUUAAGAAAGGCCCUUGGUCACCUGAAGAAGAUGCUACACUCAAGGCUUAUAUCGAGAAGCAUGGCACCGGCGGCAACUGGAUUACCUUGCCUCAGAAGAUAGGCCUUAGAAGGUGCGGCAAAAGCUGUCGACUUAGAUGGUUGAAUUAUCUUCGGCCGAAUAUCAAGCACGGCGGGUUCUCCGAGGAAGAAGAUAACAUCAUUUGCAGCCUCUACAUGAGUAUUGGAAGCAGGUGGUCUGUCAUUGCAGCCCAGUUACCAGGGCGAACGGACAACGAUAUUAAGAACUACUGGAACACAAGGCUGAAGAAAAAGCUCUUGGGCAAGCAGCGUAAACAACAGGAGGCUCAGCAGAGUCGCCGCGCUGCCAUCUUUAAGCAAGAGAUGAUCAAAAGAUCAGAAAAUAACGCAAAUUUUAUUAAUAUCUCAGCUGGGUUUUUCAACCAGAACCCUUAUAACUGGCCAGAGCUACCAGUAGUGCCAGUGGCUAAUUAUCAAACACAUGACCUUCAACUCAUGCAGGAUGACGCUUCCAUUAAGACCAUGCUCAUCAAUCUUGGAGGAAGAUUUUCCCAUGAUUCUGACACUAGCACCACAAGUUUUCAGUACCCGGUCGAUAUUUCGUCCACCUCGUCAUCAGAUCACCAAUUCUAUCAGAGCUCCAUUGAUGUUCUUGCUUCUACUUCAGCAGCCAACAGUAAUAACUAUUCUCAAUUUCCAAGCACAAACUUUGAUGCUAGUAACGGUACUGGGGGUUCAAGUAGUCCAACCAUAUUUCAUGGGCUCGACGAUCAGAAUAACAAUCUACAGGCUGAUCAUCUUCACCAGCUAACUGAAUUGGAGGUUUACGACAACAGUUUUGCUCAUCAGCAUCAGCAACUGGGUGGUUUUUAUUAUCAAGCCUCCGAGGAGACGUUGAACAACGGUAGCAGUGCAGGGACCAGUACUGCUUCUGCAGAGAGUGAAAUUAGUUGGGAAGACAUAAACUCACUGGUUUAUAGUACUCAAAUGGUUGCAGACUAUGAAACCUGCUGCCAACAAGCAGUAGUAGUACCACAAGAUCAACAUUCUUUUUUGGCAGAGGCAACCUACUUUGGCCUCAAAUAACACCAAUAAUGCAUGGUAAUUGGGGUUAACGGGUUGUAAAUUGAUUUGGUGUCUGAAUUCAGUAGAAUUUCUUUCGUUUGCAAUCAUACUUUGAUCCACCUCUCUCUUAAUUAUUAUUUUUUUUGGUAAUUCAACGAUGAUCCAACUGGGUGCUAGUGGAACCCAAUGCCUACUGACC